AGGGAGGGAGAGAGAGAGACCUAGACACUGACUGGGCUGACAGGAGUGAGUGUUGUCCUGCUCAUUUUGCAGUUUUCCCUCUUUCCCCAAGCCCUUUUCUUUGACGGACAGACCCGCAUCUGAACCGCGCCGAGCUGCUGCGUGAGCGCCGGGGUCCCUGCUCCUCUGCGCAGUCAGACUCGUUCCUGUUGGAUCUAUCGGACAUACAUGAAUAUCCGAUGGAAAACAGGUGGCUGGUAGAGGUACAGGCCUGUGUAUAGGGUUGAUACAAAAAUAGAAGAAGUGCACUUGAAACACAGACACGUACGUCUCUGAUGCCUCUGGCCAGUGUGAGCUCAUGGUGCCUGCUGGCUUGGAUAAACUAGUGGAGAGGCAGAAGAGUGCUGUGUUUCUUCACACAAUAAAGGCCACACAGGAUGUCGUGGGCCAGAAGUCUCUUUGUACACAGAGAGAACCAGCAAAAGUCGACAUGGGGAGAACACAAUGGCAAAAAGAGGAAGGACAACUCGUCACUAUGCAACCCACGUUACAUGAGCUGUUUGAGAGACCAAGAGGACUUAGAGAGCCCUAAUGUGGCCCCCCAGCAUAAUUCCUGCAGCGCAGGUAACAGUGGGGGUAACUUUGGCCUGCGUUGUGGUUGGCAGGAGAACCACUAUGGAAAAAGGGUGCUUGGUGGCACUGAUCUGGACUUUGAAGAUGGCGACCUGAAGAACAGCAAGGUGGAGGAAUUAGAGGAGUCAGCAGAAGGCAGCUGCAAAACGAUGACUGCAGCAGACUGCUGGAUGCGUUUUUUGUGGGUUUUCCAAUCCAAAAAAUUUCAGUCUACCAAGCUGGAACGCCUCUAUCAGCGCUAUUUCUUCAGACUCAACCAGAGCUCUCUGACCAUGCUGAUGGGGGUACUGGUGGUGGUGUGUGGAGUCAUGCUGACUUUCCAUUGUAUCCACACAGCCCUCAGUGUGGCCUACAUCUCAGUGCUCUCUGUGGCCAUGGCUCUCUUUCUAGCAAUGAUGGUGGUGUGCAAUCGCAACGGCUUCCACCAAGACUACAUGUGGAUCGUGAGCUACCUGGUGAUCGGGUUGCUCAUGGUAGUUCAGGUCUUUGGUGUGCUCAUGGUGUUUCCCCGCAGCGCCUCAGAUGGCAUCUGGUGCACAGUCUUCUUCAUCUACAUCAUCUACACUCUGCUGCCAGUUCGAAUGAGAGCUGCUGUGCUUAGUGGAGCCGUCCUGUCCACCAUUCACACAGUCACCGCAUGGCAGAUUAACCAAGAGGACAAAUUUGUUUUCAAACAGAUCAGCGCCAACAUAUUAAUCUUCCUGUGUACUAAUAUGAUUGGAAUCUGCACCCACUACCCCGCCGAGGUCUCCCAGAGACAAGCUUUCCAGGAGACACGAGGAUACAUUCAGGCCAGGCUACACCUGCAGAGGGAAAACCAGCAGCAGGAGCGAUUACUGCUGUCAGUGCUGCCAAGGCACGUUGCCAUGGAAAUGAAGGCUGAUAUCAAUGCCAAGAAAGAAGAUAUGAUGUUUCACAAGAUCUACAUCCAAAAACACGACAAUGUUAGCAUUCUGUUUGCAGACAUCGAGGGAUUCACCAGCCUGGCAUCUCAGUGCACGGCUCAGGAGUUGGUCAUGACGCUGAAUGAACUGUUUGCCCGCUUUGACAAGUUGGCCUCGGAGAACCACUGCCUGCGAAUCAAAAUCCUCGGGGACUGUUACUACUGUGUUUCAGGGCUGCCUGAACCUCGGGCUGACCACGCCCACUGCUGUGUAGAAAUGGGAGUGGACAUGAUUGAAGCCAUCUCGCUGGUGAGAGAAGUGACAGGUGUUAAUGUGAACAUGCGGGUGGGCAUUCACAGCGGGCGUGUUCACUGUGGGGUGCUGGGCCUGCGCAAGUGGCAGUUUGACGUGUGGUCUAACGACGUGACGCUUGCCAAUCAAAUGGAGGCGGGAGGGAAAGCGGGACGGAUCCACAUCACCAAAGCCACACUGCAGUAUCUGAACGGGGACUACGAGGUGGAGCCAGGGUUUGGAGGAGAGAGGAAUGCUUACUUGAAAGAGAACAACAUUGAAACCUUCUUGGUGCUUGGCUGCAGCCAGAAAAGGAAAGAGGAGAAAGCCAUGAUGGCGAAGAUGCAGAGAGUACGUGCAAACUCUGCAGAUGGGCUGAUGCCGCGUUGGGUGCCAAACACAUCAUUCACCAGAAGCAAGGAAUCCAAACUUUACAACAGAAUAGGGCUUGUUGCGGCAUCCAGCAAAGAAAAUCGAUGCACUCAGGAAGUCUUGAACCCUGAAGAAGAGGUGGAUGAGUUUCUUGGACGGGCCAUCGAUGCGCGCAGCAUUGACCAGCUGAGGAGAGAUCACGUCAAAAAGUUCCUGCUCACUUUUCAGAAAGCUGACCUGGAGAAGAAGUUCUCCAAAAAGAUGGACAACCGAUUUGGAGGAUAUGUGGCAUGCACACUUCUUGUGUUCUGUUUCAUCUGUUUUAUUCAGAUGAUUAUAUUUCCAAAAACAGCACUUAUGCUUGGCCUUUACAUCAGCAUCUUCAUCAUUCUCUCAAACAUCCUCUUCCUCUGUGCCAUCUAUUCCUGCAUCAAACUCUUCCCAGCUGCCUUGCAAACACUUACCGGAAAAAUAAUCCAUUCUCGAGCAAACAGGACAUUGGUGGGGGUCUUCACCAUCCUCCUCCUCUUUGUUUCGUCUUUUGCUAAUAUGUUUGCUUGCAGCAGAGAAAAACUGCAGGAGUGUGUCGCUGAAGAGCUGAACACAUCAGUGAAUCUCUGCGUGCUUCACAACUUGACCAAGGCAGCAGAGGACGGUUUGACUCUGUGUUUACGUCAAACCUUGCCCUGCCAUUUCCCUGAGUAUUUCAGCUACAGCGUACUGCUGACCCUCCUGGCCUGCUCUGUGUUCCUCCACAUCAGUAGCAUAGGGAAGCUGGCUCUGAUGCUGUUCAUCCAGAUCACUUUCCUUCUACUGGUGGAGUGGCCUCAGGUUGUUUUGUUUGACAAUGCAGACUUGCUGCUGGUAGCUAACACACUGCAAUUAUCACCUGUCAAUGACUCCUUACAAGAAAUUGGUUUCAAUGAAACUCGACAAGAGUGCCUGGAUAGUGUGACUCAGGUACCCCUAAAGGUCAUGACCCCUGUAGUCCUGAUGGUUUUUGUGCUGGCUCUCUACUUGCAUGGCCAGCAGGUGGAGUCCACCGCCCGUCUUGACUUCCUCUGGAAGCUGCAGGCAACGGAAGAAAAAGAGGAGAUGGAGGAGCUGCAGGCAUACAACCGCCGCCUUCUCCACAAUAUCCUGCCUAAGGAUGUGGCGGCUCAUUUUCUUGCCCGGGAACGCCGGAAUGAUGAGUUAUAUUACCAAUCCUGCGAGUGUGUCGCUGUCAUGUUUGCAUCCAUCAGCAACUUCUCAGAGUUUUACGUGGAGCUUGAGGCCAACAACGAGGGGGUGGAGUGUCUGAGGCUGCUUAAUGAGAUCAUUGCUGAUUUUGAUGAGAUCAUCAGUGAAGAGAGGUUUCUUCAGCUGGAGAAAAUCAAAACCAUUGGCUCUACCUACAUGGCAGCCUCUGGCCUCAAUGACUCCUCCUAUGACAAAGAGGGCCGCUCGCACAUCCUGGCUUUGGCAGACUAUGCCAUGAGACUUAGAGAGCAGAUGAAAUACAUCAACGAGCAUUCCUUCAACAACUUCCAGAUGAAGAUUGGGUUGAAUAUGGGGCCUGUUGUAGCAGGGGUGAUUGGAGCCAGAAAGCCACAGUAUGACAUUUGGGGGAACACGGUGAAUGUGGCCAGCAGGAUGGACAGCACAGGAGUUCCAGACCACAUUCAGGUGACUACAGACUUGUACCACAUGCUGGUCAACAAUGGAUACCAGCUGGACUGUCGAGGAGUCAUCAAAGUGAAGGGGAAGGGGGAGAUGACCACUUACUUCCUCACCAGUGGUCCUGCAGGCAGUUAACAACAGACCAGCCAAUCGCUGGGUGACUUCCACUGCGUUAUUUCAGCAGACAAACUGAGAGUUCAGCUUGGCAGCGAGAUCUGAGGCAUUUUGCUGACACAUGGGGACAAAACUUGGCCAACAGAGACAAGCCAGUAUUUUGCCACAAACUGACUGUAAUUCGCACAUGUUUGGUGUGGUUUAUGUUUUAAAGCUUUUUCCCAAGCUGCCAGAAAGAGGAUUAAACCCAGUUGCCUUAGGAUGGAGCUAAAAUGGCUUUUGUUUCUGAGCAAUACUAGUUUGUCUUGAUCUGUAUUUCAUUUGAAGUCGUUAUUUAUUUUUAUGAAAACAAAGUCUUUCUUAAAAGGAAAUAUGCAAAGAGCACAUGAAGGAGAAUAACCAAAGAACAACUGUUUGUUAUGAAACACAUAUUUAUGAUUCCGUUAAAGUACAAAUGACCUUCUUGUGCUAUUCCUCUUUUGAGAAAACAGGCCACGGCAACUUCUCUGUCAAUGACAGAGACAAAUUCCUUAUUUUGUGAAAUUAAUAAUGAAGGAGAACACAAAUAUGCAGCAUAAACAAAGCACAAUAACCUUGACUUGGACUUCUCUGUUUCUUAUCAGGUUUGUCACUUCUAGCUUGUGAAUCAUGCAGUUUGUGGUCCAUUCAAACGAAUGACUGAACUCUUGUUCUCUGCAAUGUGCUUUAAUUCAAGCCAAAAACGUAAAGUAAGAAAUGAAGGACUUGUGCUAAUACCACGGAUAUGAAGUUAAACUGCUACGAAACCUUUGAAACAAGUGUGUGUGAGCUCUGUGUGUGAUGACGUGUGGACGUGAGCACAUGAAGCUGAAUGCUGUUUUGGUUAAGGGGAAAACUAACUUUUCACUGUGAGGUUUUUAUGAUACUGUAUGAAAGUCUUUUCCUUGCAAAAGUGGUUACAGUGAGGCAUGUUUUAUACCAUCCUUUAGAGUUAUGUUUUUAAUUCUUCUUUUGUGUAUACAUGAUUAUUUGAGGAACAAUGCUACUACUUUGCCUUUUACUGAAUUCUGAUUUUGACUGAUUUCAUUCCAAGUGAAAUGAGCAAUCUUUUUUUUCUCUUUAUUAUAUUACAACACGUGAAAGUAAACUGAUUCUUUACAGUUUAAGGCUUAAGUAUAUAAGAAGUCCUUUUUUUAUUUGUAAUGUAUUGAUGAUGUUAAACACUGCAAUUGUCCACAUGUCAAGAAGCAAUAAUCAACUUUACACUUUUGAAUCUUAAUUUAUUCAAUUUGAAAGCUUGUAACCCCCCCCCCCCCCCAUUUUAGCUGCUUGAAAAUAUUGUUGGUUGAAUGUAUGCAAUAAUGAGAAUUUCUGUCAUCAGUAAGAGAACAGGGAGAUUGUAAUGUAUUUUAUAAAAUAAUAAGCUGAAUUGUUGUUUUGUGGUUGGACUUACCAGCCAAAGGAAUAUUAUUCCCAAUGUAAGUAUUUUAAGAUUUCCGUCCAUGUGGACAGCUGUUUUUGAAGGCCUCUUAAAAGAUUAGAUUUGUCUUUUUUUUAAUUCCCUUAUAGUCCUUACAGGAGCAGUAAACACUGCUGCAUACAGUAGUCCUUUAAAGAUAGGUAAGAGAGAAGCAAGUGCAGAGGCUAGUCUGCCCAAACAAAAAUCUCCACUUAUUCAGAAUUAAUAAAAGCCUGCUUUUUUUGCA